CGCGCCCCAGCGGCGCGGGCGGAAGAGCUCGGGCGUCGAGGCGGCGGCGGAAGCGGAGAGCGACGGUGCCCCGGGGUUAUGUUCAUCGCAGUAACUUCGUUCCUGGCUGUUGGUUCGUAAAAGUUGGCUGAAGUUGACUUGGUACCAUGCAGCAAGCAACAGAGAGAUGCAGGGUUCGAGUCCGGAGGCCUGACAAGGCACUUUACAUCCCCAUAGCUCGAAGGGGAGUAGUACUCAUCAAGUCAGGUGAAGAGGGGAGAAGCCGCGAUCCCCCUCACUCCACGGGAAAGGAAGAGCAGAAGGAAGAUGGUCUCUCCCAAAAGGAGAUCUUCAGAGAUAAGCCAGAGACUGAGAGAUUGAAUAGUGAUCCUGAUAAAAAAGAGCAUAAUCCUAGGGAAGGAAAGAAGUCUUCCACAAAAUUAAGGAAAGACGCGUGCCUUCAAGAAAGAAAGAAAGAUAGGGUUUGUGGGAAAAGAGGAGGCAUCGAAUCCAAAGAAGUCACCUCUCGAGGCUCUCGCCUCAGAGACCCAAACCCUGGGGCUCUACCUGCGACGCCUUUGCAAAUGCAUUGUAAGCCAGAGAAGACUGAGGGUUUGGAGGUUGAAACCGCGGUGGUGGCAGAACCUGAGAAGCCAUUUCUGUCACAGCCUCGCUCAGAGAGCAGCGAGUCUCAGAUUCUGAAUGCCCUCUUCCAGAACGGGAAAACCUGUGAUGGCAGUAGGCAUGACCUAAGUGGGGAAACUUGCGAAGACAGAGAUUUGGAAAGCAAAAUCGGAACAGGGGAUGUCAAGAUCGUGGAGAUACUAUCUCGGUUUCCUGAAGUUUCUGAUUCUGAUUUAAGACCUGAGGGGAUGACGACACCAGGAAAGCCAGGCUCUGGUUCUGGUAAGCCAAUAAUGGGGGGAACGUUGAAGUUCAGUGGUGGAGACAUCACAGCGAUUUCUGUCCCGGGAAGUCUGGAGGGUGGCACUGAUGAAGCUUCUCCAGACUUUGAAGUGGAAAAUUCUGGUGAGAGCGCCGAUGUUACAGAUGUCAUCUUAGGUCACAAAGACCUGGGUUCCAUUCCUGAGACGGUGAGUCACAUCUCUCCUGAACCGAUGCCAGUCAGUCAAUUGGAAGGGGCAAAUGGCAUUUAUGACCCAAUAGUGAUUACGGAAGAUAAGGAGAAUGACGGUGUGACUGAUGAGCUACCCACGAAGCACGAACCUUCUGAUCCAACUCUCCUUGCUCAUAGAGCUACAGGUAAUGAGUCUCAGAGUGUCAGUGACACUGCCAAUAAGGCAUGUACAAAGGGCAUGACAGAUGUCAUAUCUGAUCAGGUCCCUAGAGGCAGCCCUUGUCUAGUUGCAGCUGGAACGGCAGAUCAGACUGGCAGCAACACAAGUGAUUUCUCAAAAUGUAUAGAAACGAGUGUAGGUACAGCCCCUUUUUCUGUAACUGGCAGUGAGAAUGCCCCUGAAAGCUCCAGGAGCCCGACUGCUUGCCCGGAUAUUUAUGGGGAGAGUAUUUCAUCGAGUUUCACAGAGUCAACAGGAAAGUUGACAGAGAGCUUGUCAGAUUGUGCCUCCUUCUUACCUAUAAAGAAGAUUGCUGGUAGUAAUUGUAACACUGUUUUGGACUCUGAACUCAGUAUGUUAAAUGGGACAAAAACGCUUUCAGAAAGUGCCUUGGGCAAUGAUCUAGAUUGUACUGGUGAUAUAACAGAGGCAUUGCAUGAACUAAAAACUGCUGAAGAGUUCAAAACACAGGAGGAAGAUGUCUCCGAGAAUAUAGAAUUGGAUGUAUCCUUUGCUAAUAUAGAAUCAGGAUCUAUGAAUACAUCCACGGAACUGAGGGCAGCAGAAAGAGCUCCUGUGGAGGAGGAGGCUGCUGCCGAGGAAAGCUGGGAGUCUAUGUUCAAUGAUGAUGGUGACUGCCUGGACCCACGGCUUCUGCAGGAGUUGUCAGGGAAUAUGAAAAACAGGAAAAGCAUCCAGGAGCCUAGAUUUGAUUAUUACAGCCAUGAAGUUCCUGAUAUUGAUCUCAGUGAUUGUGAAUUCCCACACGUCAUUGAAAUUUAUGACUUCCCUCGAGAAUUUCGUACUGAAGAUCUUCUACGGAUUUUCUGCAGUUACCAAAAAAAAGGAUUUGAUAUUAAAUGGGUGGAUGAUACACAUGCCCUAGGAAUAUUCUCCAGUCCGAUUACAGCCCGGGAUGCUCUGGGCAGUAAGCAUACCAUGGUGAAGAUCCGGCCUUUGUCACAGGCCACGAGAGCAGCCAAGGCCAAAGCGCGAGCGUUUGCCGAGUUCCUCCAGCCUGCAAAGGAGCGUCCUGAGACUUCAGCAGCCCUUGCCAGAAGGUUAGUCAUCAGUGCCCUUGGGGUGCGAAGUAAGCAGAGCAAAACCGAGCGGGAAGCAGAGCUCAAGAAACUGCGAGAAGCCCGAGAGAGAAAACGCCUAGAAGCCAAGCAACGGGAAGACAUCUGGGAAGGCAGAGACCAGUCUGAAGCUUGAACAUACACAGUGAAAGGGAUCUAACUCCAUGGAUUCAGAAAGGAUUUCCCUGGUCUUCAGAGAUGAGGGGGAUUUCAGACCUCUGUGCACAUGCAGAUGUGCACGUUAAUAAGGAGCGAGAGAAAGUGACCAAGAACUGGCUAAGGAUAGAAAAAGAGAUUGACUCCUGUCAAUCUCUACUCCUAAAUGCAGUUCUUUGGAAUCCCUUAACUGUGGGGCGUAGAAGGAAGAGCCAGUGGUAGGAAGGCACUCGGGAGAUGUGAGGUCCAAGAGUUCUCUGGACGGGGCAAGUCCCGUAAGCAUGGAUCACACUCCUGAGAUGUUUUAAGUAAAUACAAAACAGAGGAUUUGAAUCUGCAAUGAUGAGAGAUUAAGGGGCAGCCAAAACACGGUGUUCCUUCCUGAGGGCUUCCCCGAAUCAGAACCGCAGCAUUGAGGGGAAGGCGGGGGCAGGGGCAGGGCCAGGCAGUUCAGAGAGACGGAACCGUGUCUAGCGUACGUGGCAUUCCCAGAAUGGAGACUGCCACCUCCAGGACGCCAGCGUUGG